AGUAUGCUAAUGAUGAACUCAGAGACAGACCGAAUUACGAAGGGUUGUAUGGACCAGGUGUAGUUAGUCAGUGCAGCAUUUGGUGCAGCAUGAUUGUAACGUUAGGGCUACUCGUCCUGGGUCUACAGAGCAUAGGCUCAACACGACUUUAUGAAAUUCCGUUAUUGUAUUUAACUUAAUUCAACUCAAUUCGAGACCGUAAAUACUUUUUAGUAUUUGUAAUCCAAUGUCAGCAUAUUAACUCGACAAAACUAACCGAACUGCUUUUACUUUGAAAAGAAAUGGACCGGAAGUUGAUCUUGAUUGUGCUAACCGAUUGGUUAGUGCUCGCUGCUCUGCUGUAGCGUGUUUACCAUAGGUUUACCAGCUCGCUGUGGAAAAGUGGUUAUCUCCUCUUUAAACAUCCAGUGAAGCCAUCUAUAAAUCGGAACAUUGGUAGGUCUCUCUGUGUCAUUUAGCCCACACAGUAAGCGACCAUGUUGGUUCCAAUAUUUACUCUGAAGCUGAACCACAAGAUCAACCCUCGCAUGGUUACUGUUGGAAAGUUUGAUGGGAUUCAUCCAUGUCUGACAGCCGCCACUCAGGCAGGGAAGGUGUUCAUCCACAACCCCCACACCCGUGGACAGCGACCUGCCGCGCACCGGCUGAGCCAGAGCACACAGGACUCUGACAUCUCCCUGCUCAACAUCAACCAGGCGGUUAGCUGCCUGACUGCAGGCUCCCUGGGGCCUGACACCGCAGGGGACACCCUACUGGUUGGCUCUCAGACCAACCUGCUGGCCUACGACGUCCACGACAACGCUGAUAUAUUCUACAGAGAGGUUACAGAUGGGGCCAACGCAAUUGUGCUGGGAAAACUAGGGGACAUCCAAUCUCCCCUGGCCAUCAUCGGUGGGAACUGUGCCAUACAAGGCUUCGACUAUGAGGGCAAAGACCUGUUCUGGACGGUUACUGGUGAUAAUGUUCAAUCGCUGGUGCUCUGUGACUUCACCGGAGACGGGAAGAAUGAGCUCUUAGUCGGGUCUGAGGAUUUUGACAUCAGGGUUUUCAAAGAAGACAAGCUUGUUUCCGAGAUGUCAGAAAAUGAGACAGUGACCUCGCUGUGCCAUAUGCACGGUAGCCGGUUUGGCUAUGCCCUAGCCAAUGGUACAGUGGGAGUCUAUGACCGGACGGCCCGCUACUGGAGAAUCAAGUCCAAGAAUCAUGCGAUGAGCAUCCACGCCUUUGACCUGAAUGGUGAUGGAGUGGUAGAACUGAUCACCGGCUGGUCCAACGGAAAGAUCGAUGCCCGUAGCGACCGCACGGGCGAUGUCAUCUUCAAAGACAACUUCUCCUCGUCGGUGGCCGGUGUGGUGGAGGGGGACUACCGGAUGGACGGGCAGGUCCAACUCAUCUGCACCUCCACGGAGGGAGAGGUGCGAGGCUACCUUCCAGCCAGUAAGGAGCUGAAGGGGAACCUGAUGGAGUCCAGUGUAGAGCAGGACCUGGUCAGAGAGCUCAGCCAGCGCAGGCAGAACCUCUUGCUGGAACUACGGAACUACGACGAGAAUGCCAAGGGUGUGACAGAGACGGACAGCGAGGUGGGUGUGAUACCAGCCAACACUCAGCUCCAGACGGCAUUGUCUGUCCGGCCCGCCACCGAGGCCCAGAAGGCCCAUGUAGAACUCAGCAUCUCCACGCCAAACGAGACCAUUAUCCGCUCAGUGCUGAUCUUCGCCGAGGGGAUCUUCGAGGGAGAGAGCCACGUGGUCCACCCCAGCGCACAAAAGCUCUCAGGCUGUGUCCGUGUGCCCAUAGUCCCUCCCAAGGACAUACCGGUAGACCUGCACAUCAAGGCCUUUGUCGGGGGUAAGAACAGUACCCAGUUCCACGUGUUUGAGAUCACCCGUCAGCUGCCCCGCUUCUCCAUGUACGUCAUGGGGGCGGACCCCUCGGUGGCCCCGCCCACUGGCAGGGUCACCUUCAGCAUCAACGACCGGUCCCAGCGGGUGGUGAUGUGGCUCAACCAGAACUUCCUGCUCCCAAAGGGAGCAAACAGUCCAGAUGUCACCUUCACAUCGCUACGAGGAGGAGGACUGUUGUCCAUCAGCAUGACCAGCAGUGGACAGAUCACCUUGAGCACAGAUGACAUCGACCUGGCAGGGGAUCUCAUCCAAUCGCUGGCCUCGUUCCUGGCUAUCGAGGACCUGUCGGCUGAGGUCGACUUUCCAGACUACUUCAAAGAGCUCCGCACAACUCUCACUGAGGUGGAUGAGUUCCACUGUGUACACCAGAAGCUGACGGCGGCCAUUGCUGACCACUCCAACUACAUCAGGAACAUGCUGGUGCAGGCCGAGGACGCCCGCCUCAUGGGGAACAUGAUCACCAUGAAGAAGCGCUACCGGGAGCUGUACGAUGUGAACCGAGACCUGGUCAACGAGUACAAGAUCCGCUCCAACAACCACAAUGCACUGCUGGCCCGCCUCAAGUGCGUCAACCAGGCCAUCCAACGGGCUGGGAGACUGCGAGUGGGUAAGCCAAAGAACCAGGUGAUCUCUGCCUGCCGUGAUGCCAUCAAGACGAACAACGUCAACACGCUCUUUAAGAUCAUGAAGGCCGGCGCCGCCUCUUCCUGAGGGGGGACAAGGGGGAGAGAAUGGAGGGUCACCAAGCGGGCCGUUGCUGUCACAGCCUCUCAUUCUCAAUAGGUCGUGCUGCGAAUGCCACGGUCCAUCAUGCAUAUACAGGACGGAUAUAUAUCACACGAGACACUUUAGUGACACAAGAUAGGGUUGCGAUUAGUUUCAGAGUUCAACUUGUGCGAUAGACGAGGUGAUUGUUUCGAUUUAAAUUCAUGGAAUUGUAUGAGACAUGGUGCGAGUGUGAGUCAUAUGUUUGGUAAAUGUUUACCUUUGGUUGUCUGCUCUGGGGAAAAACUAAGACGUGAUGGUUAGAGAGCCCAUCUGGAGAAGAAAUUAGGAAACGGGACUUCUUCCCAAAGCCGUGGUCAGAGAGCAACUCGUCAUCUGCGUCCAAUAACAGGAGAGAAUGGCACAGUGUGAAAUAUCCAGAACACUGUUUUGGGUGAUUGAGUCCAAACAAUUGAGUCCAAUACGGUUCCGAUAGUAGUAGUGUAUCAAGACACUGCGAUACUUCCAGUUAUUUUCCUUAAAGCUCUAGCUCUUUGUUUUCCACUGCGUAUCUGCAGUAUGAGUAUUUGUCAUCUGUUCUCUUGCAAGCAUCACCAGUGUUGUAAUCAAGCUUUGGAAGUCAGAUUCUUAUAAAGUGUCUUGAAAUAGUUCAAAUGUAAAAGUAUGAAAGUCAGAUAGGACAGUUAGCCUGUGUGUGUGUGCGCGUGUGUGUGUGUGUGUGUGUGUGUGUGUGUGUGUGUGUGUGUGUGUGUGUUCGUUCAACAAAUAUUUCAAAGGGACCUACGGACUGUUGAUAACCCUUUUUCUAGAUUGUAAAUAGGGAUUUUUUUUUUUUUUUGGAUUGUGUAAGAGAUGGUCUAAUAAAUGUACUUAUAAUAUUCUCA